AUGGCUACAAAACACGAGAUUGAUGUAGCAGCCGAGAUCGUUGAGUUUGAACUCGCCAACUUGGAAGCGUUGCAAGACUACGUCAUUGACAAUAACGUUGAUUGCGAUUUCAUAAUGAACCAGACUGUGGACGUGCAGUUAUCAGAAGAGCAUAACUCCUCUCUCAAGAGAGGCUUUGACGAUCUCGCCAGUGCCGGCGUUUCCGGUAUCAAAGGCGCCAAUGGUGCCUUCAAGUACACCACAGGCCAUCUUUGGCCUUACAAGCUAAUCCAUCACAUGUUUUCCCGGACAUUAAGCCAUGAGCACCUGAACUUACAGACUAACACGCCUGUAACGAAUAUAUCAUAUUCUCCCCAUCCAACCGGGAAAUGGAUUGUUACAACCAGCCGCGGGUCUGUCCGAGGUCAAAAGGUCAUAAUUUCCACAAAUGCCUAUACUGCUCUUCUCCCAGAGUAUCACGAGAAGAUCAUUCCGUAUCGUGCAAUAUGCAUCAGAAUCGUCGUGCCGACUCCACCAAUGCUUGCGGACUCUUAUUCUCUCCGUUCCAAUCUUCAGGACUUUGACUAUCUGACUCCUCAACCUGACGGGAGUAUUAUUGUCGGCGGCGCCAGAUCAGCUUACUUCAGACACACUGAGGACUGUUACGGCAGUGUCGAUGAUACGAAUCUCAUUGACAGAGCGAAAGACUACUUUGAUGAAUACAUGCAGAAGACACUUUCGUGGUUGGGAAACAGUGGUGCAUACACUGCUCAGAUUUGGACUGGUAGUGAGUGCACCAUGUUCCAAACAAUUUCGGUGCUAAUCUGUCGGAACAAGGCAUGGGCUACUCUUCAGACGCACUUCCGCAUGUUGGGCAUGUCCCUGGGCGGCAAAACAUUUUCAUCAUGGGUGGUUUCACAGGACACGGUAUUCCUCAAGUCCCCCUUGGCUGGCAAGGCUAUCAGUCGCAUGGUGUUGCAAGAUAUAGCAUACUCUGACACCGAAUUUCCACAAUUGUUCGAAGAAACAGCGUUGAGACUAGAAAAUGGAUAG